AGCAUCCAUAGGUAAGGAAGCCACGUCUACACGGGAGUAGUAUACAGCGACGUAGUAAUUGUUUCAAUUACCGAACAAAUUCAUGUAACUCCAGUAAAUACAAUAUUCGGGAAACGGCUCUACACUCACCAUCAGCAUCGAGUCCUUGGGAACAAUGGGGGAUUACGCAUUUCAAAUAGAUAAAUAUAUUUAAAACAACACGCUUGUAGAGUUCAUUUCCACAGACCGGUAUUUAAAGAGUGCACUUACCAUAUUGACUUCAGAGACCAUGUCUAUGCUGGCAAUGUCUAUGUUCAUACCAACGUCCACAGGGAGACCUUGAGGACAAGGCAAUCGGCGGCGGGGAAAGGGAAGAGGCUUAAAGUAUGGCAUGCAAAGAUGGUUCCUGCCAAGGAGUCUGUGAUCAGGAUGUCUUCCAGUUACAUUUCCACUCUGCUUUACUUUAUCUACGUGACAGCGUGUAUCGGUGAGAGCUCCCCAGAAACCAAGAAAGAUGAGAAAUUAUAUCCAGAGAAUUUUACCCGUAUACUGGACAGACUCCUGGACGGUUAUGACAACCGAUUGCGACCUGGAUUCGGCGGUACUGUGACUGAAGUGAAAACAGAUAUCUACGUAACGAGUUUUGGGCCAGUGUCUGACGUUGAGAUGGAGUACACAAUGGAUGUGUUUUUCCGCCAAACCUGGGUGGACAAGAGACUGAAGUACGACGGCCCUAUUGAAAUUCUUCGUCUCAAUAACAUGAUGGUCACUAAAGUCUGGACACCCGACACGUUCUUCAGGAACGGGAAAAAAUCAAUUUCCCAUAACAUGACCGCUCCAAAUAAGCUAUUCAGAAUAAUGCAGAAUGGCACAAUUCUGUACACCAUGAGACUUACCAUUAGUGCAGAGUGUCCUAUGAAACUGGUUGAUUUCCCAAUGGAUGGCCAUGCUUGUCCCCUUAAGUUUGGAAGCUAUGCAUAUCCUAAAAGUGAAAUAAUAUACACAUGGACAAAAGGUCCUGAACGAUCAGUGGAGGUGCCUAAAGAGUCUUCUAGCUUGGUGCAAUAUGAUCUUGUUGGACAAACAGUUUCUAGUGGCACAGUUAAAUCCAUCACAGGAGAAUAUGUGGUGAUGACAGUCUAUUUUCACUUGAGAAGGAAAAUGGGCUAUUUUAUGAUUCAGACUUACAUACCCUGUAUUAUGACGGUUAUUCUCUCUCAAGUGUCAUUUUGGAUUAACAAGGAAUCGGUUCCAGCUCGAACAGUUUUUGGUAUAACAACAGUUCUAACUAUGACAACACUGAGCAUCAGUGCUAGACACUCUCUGCCAAAGGUCUCCUAUGCUACAGCCAUGGACUGGUUCAUUGCAGUUUGCUUUGCAUUUGUGUUCUCUGCUCUGAUCGAAUUUGCUGCUGUUAACUACUUCACAAAUAUACAAGCCGAAAAAGCCAAAAAAAGGGCUGCCAAGCCGCCUGCUACAUCUCCACUGACUCCAAUAAAAACAGUGUCUGCCUCAGAGGUUGUGAUUCAGCACCCUGAUUCAAAUGGCAAUUUGAGGAAGAGAAUGAACUUCUUGGUGCAAUCAGAUAUUCUUGCCAGUGAAAAAGAUUACUUGGAGAAUGAUAGCAAGAGUGAGAUAUCAAGACCAUCUAUAAUUGGCCAGGUACCUCCCUCAACUAUUGCUUCACCUUCUUCUGUGCCAACACCCAGGAAAUUUGGGCACACACAUGCAUCCCCUACAAUGCCAUUGGUGAGAAGCACACCACCACCCCCUCCUUGCACUCCAACAAUAGCCUCAUUGACACCCACUCCAGUUCAUCGCCAAUGUGGAGCAACACUAGAGCAGAACCUGCUACCAUCUAGACUAUUUGGACAAACCUCAAAGCAUUCUUCACCCACCACCACUUCAUCUGCUCCAGUCCUUCCUCCAGCUUCACCUGCAAAUAGUGGAACAAGCAAAAUUGACAAAUAUGCUCGCAUACUUUUUCCGGUUACGUUUGGUGCAUUUAACAUGGUCUACUGGGUAGUCUACCUCUCAAAAGACACCAUGGAGAAAACAGAAGGUGAAAUGUAAUUUUGCUGCUACAGAAAAACCAUAUUAUCUGUUAGAACAUUUCAUAAUCCAUCAAAAAAUGCAGGGGUUUCAUUUAAGGUUUAUUAAUCCAAUGUGUACAGACAGCAGGGUUCUCAGAAAUGGCUGAUUUCAACUGAAAAAUAGUCAUUCAGACAGAGCUACCAUAGCUUAUUGCUGAGGACAAAUGUGUAUAGCUGGUAUUAUCGUUUUGCGAGGUUCAAAUAAAGAAUAUAUGUAAAGAUAGCAAGUGGCACAAGCAGCAAAAACAGAUACGCAUCUGUAUUUAAGAAAACUAAACAGAAAUAUUGAGAAACAAAACUGCAAGCUCAUCAGUAUCUGAAGGAGAAAUGAAAUGUUACCAGUGACAACCAAGCCCUUUCAGCAGAACUGAGUUUCUGACUUCUGUUUUUAACUGCAGACUCAAGUGAUCAAAUGAAGUAAGUUUCAACUUGAAGAUCCACUGAACAAAAGAUUAAAUAUUUUGUGGCUGUGCAAAUACUUUAACGUGCAAUGUCCUCUUUUCCAGGCUAUCCAGAAUAUAACGAAGGAAAAUAAUUUAUAGUUUAGUAUUUUUAUAGCUACUAUUAAUUUAAAAUUAUAUUUUGUUUUAAGAUAUAUUUGGAGACACCAACAAAAUUUUUUAAAGUGGGUGUGUUUCUAACAAUUGGAAAAGUGCCUAUGAAUUCUCAAUAGAAAUCAAAUAUAGUUAAAACAACGUGAGACCAGAGCAUCAUUAGUAAACCUAUGUUCACUUCUAGUAGCAGGUAGGAUGCACAACCAUUGAAUAAAUAGAAACUGUCAAAAACAGAAGCUAAGCCAUGACGGCAAGAUCAAUUUUUCCUUGCAUUCACAUUUACUGAAACCCAUGAAGCUUCCACACCAUGAUAUCAGGCAGCUUUUGAACUUGACAAUGUAACACUGAAAGGUUCAUUGGUUUGUUUUGUAGACAAUGUAUUUCUGUACAGCUGAUUGCACUUCUCUUUUUAGAAUGGGAAUGUUAAUGACUUGAAAAAUUGAUAGCAAGCAAAUGGUUAAGUGACAUUCUACAGCCUGCAACAGGAACAAACAAGCAAAGAGUUCAUGUCCUUCUUGCUCAAGACAACAUCAGAUGGUUGAUGUACUGUCCCCUUUCUGCUCAGUUUUUGCUUGGGCUUUCCACUGGGCAGCUCCACAUGGAUCAGGUAGUUUUUUGGGCCCACUGAGUGGUCUAUGCAACAUGAAU